AUGAAUAACCAAGAGUUUGCGUCGCAACUUGCUACAGCCAAGAAAGAGGCCUCUUCUGCAAACACGCAACGCCGAGAAUUGUCGCGACUAUUCAUUGUAUGCGGGCGCAAUCGUUCAGCUGAUGAGCUGCACUCGCUUUUCUCUUCUUGUGGCACCAUCAAACACUUUCAUCUGGCGCUAGAUCGUAGUAAAAAGUCACGGGGCUUUGCUUUCCUCCAAUACGAAGAUCCUGCAGACGCCACAGCGGCCAUUGACAGAUUGGACCAUUUUAAACUACCCGAUGGACAUAUUUUAAAGGUUACAGUCGCAAAAGAGCGAAUGGUAGAGAGGCAUGGAAAAUUGAAGCGCGACCAGCAUACGCGGCAUGAUUUUGACGAGAAAGCUGAGGUGACAGAUAAAGAAGUUAACGAUUGCAUUGAUUCACGGCUACCCGGAAAAAGACAGCGGUCAAGUCCACCAAUUGCAGUCGCCCAGCUUGAGCUGAGUCAGGCAGCGCCACGCUUUAUGCUGGAGGAUUGUCGCUUAGGAGAUCCUAAGGCCAACAAUAUAGAAAACAUGGCAAGGUCGAAUGUAAAAGAGAUGGUCGCUAGUCAAUUGUCAUCGUAUAGUGGGCAAGUCUACACGAAAAAAUCGAUUGAGGCGGACGAGGAUCUGAGUAAUGUUAAGCAAGUGGUGCAUUCCUUAGUUCUUGCAGUGGACCAAGUUGAAGUGCACAACAAAGCGAGUAAUGAGUUAUUUGCUGUUUAUAAACACGUUCUGGCGACUUCUAAUGGUAGCAGCACACAAAUGCACAGCGAAGACUUGGUACCAAGUUUGCAAGGAGAGUUUGAAGAGGAGAGUAGUACCGAGUCUUUGACAUCGAGCAUUCAGUCAGUGUCACUUGCAUCCAAUUCAACAAUAAUUGAAGAUUCGACUUAUAACACACACACCACCCUUACAAGAAAACGUGGCGUUUUGCCAGCCCCACGCUCUGAAUGUCACCACCGGGGACGAAGACAAAGUCUGAAUGACAGAGGCUCCACUGCAGAAGAUAAUUUUGAUGGCAGCUACAGUCGCCGCAAACGAACCAAUACCACAGGAUCAUCUUCAUGUACUACGAAAGACGAGCUUCGUGCAAACGCGAUCGGUUUGCCUUCGUCGAGAAAAUCUCCACUGUCAGAUCUCAGUAACUUAAGCUAUUCUAGUCAAUCACAAGACGAUCUUCAAGGUGAAAUACUGUCAAAAAGGCUUUGUAAACGACAGUCGUCUGAUAAUGAUAUCGAGGAACCAUAUCGAUCAGCGAAGCAGCAGGCAACACUAAAGAGACGCGAACACGAUGGAGGGAUUACAGAUCGAAAGCCUGUUCAAACUAGCACAGUUAGUGGGGAUCAAAUGUAUGAAAUAGAUCGGGAGAUCAAAAUCGAGCCCGAUUCAGAACAAACUGAGCCGAACCGCACUAAAUUGUUUUUCACAUCGACGUAUAAGUUUACGGAGCAAGAGGUAGAAGCGAUGUUUGCUGUCUAUGGCGAUUUUAAAUCAGUGGAACUUGUCAAGAGUUUUGGCCGCGUAAAAACUAUGGCUUAUAUUAGCUAUUACAAGUCUGCUACUGCUGCAUUUGUCUUUAAAUCUUUCAAGGACGAAUCAUAUCAGGGAGAUGAGGAUCCAGAAAGACCUGAUUUCAUGACAUUAUCAUUUGCGCAUAAUUUUGAAAGACAGCAGCAGCGAAUAAAGUCAACACGAUGUGGGCUGGAAAGCGCGCCAGGUUGCGCAUCGAACGUUUGUUCUAGCCUCAUCACUGCAGACACAGCAGCACUCUCAGAUGUGUCGUCAGACAGAAAUGAUCGUCUCUGGGUAUUACUGCUGUAUGAUCGCUACUUGGCGACGCAUGUGCUCUCAUCGGUCGCGUCGUCGUAUCCAGGGAUGGAAUUCAUCGAUAUUAAGCUGACCAGUAGUACUGGCGAGCCUCAAGGAGUAGCGUUUGUGAAGUUUGAUAGUGAAGCAAACGCUACGCAAGCAGCGCUCCAGCUUCACCAUAUGGAGUUACCUUCAAAGUCUGGAAAGGUAUUGCAGGCGGUUGUGAUUCAAGUGCCGAGUCUGUUUACCACUUCCCAUGACAGCACCUUGACUGGCAUUAACGAGUCCAUGAGAAUUAGUCGUUUAGCUGAAAAAAGUGCUCCAAUAGGUUCAUCUGCUGAUGUCGAUUUGCACGCUAUGGAGACUCAAUUCGCGCAUUUGAUGCGGAGUACAAAGCAUUCCCACACUACGGAAGGCCAAUUUUAUCAAAACUAUUCUCCCAUACAUCUGCCCAAAAGAACUGCAUCUUGUGACCACUCAUCGCCAAUGGCACCAAACGUGUACCCUCCCGCUUCUCCAGAUGGGUUUUAUCCCUUAGUGGGCAUGGGGUACUAUUCGACACCACUAAUGUCGUAUCAACCACCUCCUUCAUUCUACCCGUAUGCAAACUAUGGAGGAGAGAACCCUCACGUAGUCCAACAGCAUUAUUAUUAUGGAGGAAACGCAGCAAGUUGGAUUAAUACGGCGUCCUGUAUUCCGGGUCAGAAUUUUUCGGAGCAAGGUUCAGAAUAUCCCAUACACUUUACUGACGAUAUUAAUGGCACUGAGUCGGCUUCAGCACGAUCCAAGCCGCGUUCCGUACGCUUGUCGUCUCGGAAAAUGGAUGUUGAAGAUAACAAUAACAAUCAAACAUCUUGUUCAAUUCAGAUAUCGACAAGUAAACCGUUAGAGCUUGUGACGCUGGCAGCGGCUUUACAAAAUUGUUCUGGGAUUAUGUCUUUCGCAAAAGUCGCUGGGAGUGAGUCUGACUCGAACAGUUUUAAUGUGGAAUUUACAAAUGAGACACACACAAUUGCGGCGCUGCGCAAAUUGGAUAAAUCGUUAUGUGGUGACCAAAAGCUUCAAGUAACAAGAAUCUCUUCAUCAAGGCAUCGAGGGGGAGGAGGUAACUGGAAUAAAGCCCGUGCAGGUGGAUCUGGUCGUCGAAAACGACAGCGGGUUGACUUGCGAAGCCGAAAAUGA